AUGGCAAAUCCAGUCGACCCGGUGCUUUCUUCCUCCUUAUCGACAUCCGUAUCUUCCCCGGUAGUACCGUCGCAAUCCAUGUCCGAAAUGCAUCCACCCACGUCGCAAUCCGCAAAACCAUUUAAGCAGCCCAAACCCAAAGAGGGCGAUGCAGCUGCCGCCGACGGCGACCAGAAGCUCUCCCCCGCGGAACUGAAGAAGAAAGCUAAGGCUGAGAAAGCGGCACGUCGCGCGCGCGAAAAGACCGAGCGAGAACAGGGACCCGGAGGUGCCUCUGCCGGAGGACCAGGCGCCGCGACGGCUGCGAAGAAGGGCACAGCUGGAGCAGGAGCGGGACCUAGUUCCGGUAUCGGUGGAAAAGAGGGGAUGUUGCCGUCAAGCGCGGCGCAGAAAGAUAAGAGAUAUAGAAGGGGAUCGGCGGUUCAGACUCAGGGUGGUAGUGGUAGUGGUAGUGGGGGAGGUGGAGGAGCGGGCGCAGAGCAGAAGAAGAAGCAGGAAGAUAAGAAUGUGGCUGUGUUUGGACAUUUGUAUGGACAGCCAAGGAGGACGACGAUUGCGGGAGCUGGGAAGGAGGUGCAUCCGGCUGUUUUGGCGCUGGGAUUGCAGAUGAGGGAUUAUGUGGUUUGUGGGAGCAGUGCUCGAUGUGUGGCUACGUUGCUUGCGUUUAAACGGGUGAUCGAAGCGUAUACGACUCCCUUAGGCACUUCCCUGGCUCGACAUUUGACUACCCAUCUGUCUCACCAGAUCACGUAUCUCUCGACGUGUCGACCGCUCUCAAUCAGUCAGGGAAAUGCCAUACGAGCUCUCAAGCUGGCUAUCUCAUCUAUCGAUCCGUCCGUGCCAGAGGCGACGGCAAAGUCGUCGCUGAGCGACUUCAUUGAUAGUUUUAUUCGCGAGAAGAUCACCGUGGCGGACCAGGUGAUCGCGGGCAGCGCGGCGCAGAAGAUCCAGGACGGUGAUGUGAUCGUGACGUUUGCGGGCAGCUCGAUCGUGAAACAGACGCUUCUGACGGCACAUAAACAGGGCAAGAAGUUCCGCGUCUCCAUCAUCGACUCUCGUCCCCUGUUCGAGGGCAAGACCAUGGCGCGUACGCUGGCCAACGCCGGUCUGGACGUGCAGUAUUCCCUCAUCAACGGCGUCAGCCACGCCAUCAAGGACGCUACGCGGGUAUUUCUGGGUGCUCACGCCAUGACCAGCAACGGACGAUUGUACUCGCGGGUUGGCACAGCGCUGGUCGCCAUGUCCGCCAAAGAGCGGGCUGGCGGGGUCGAAGUCCCUGUGAUCGUGUGCUGCGAAACGGUCAAAUUUACCGACCGGGUGGCUCUGGACAGUAUCGUUGUCAACGAGAUUGCCGACGCGGACGAGUUGGUUUCCACGCAGUCCUCUCCGCAGGUGCUGACCGGUCUGGGGGACACAGCGGCUGCAACGAGCGCGUCAGCGGAGACCAAGAAGGGCAGUAAGCCAGCGGCGCCUCCCCCGACAGAACAGAAACAGACGGGCGUGGCGAACGGAACCUCUCCUCUGGCAAACUGGAAGGAGACGAAGAACCUUCAGCUGCUGAAUAUCAUGUACGACGUGACACCGGCGGAGUAUGUGGACAUGGUUGUGACGGAAAUGGGUAGUUUGCCUCCUAGUGCGGUGCCAAUUGUGCAUCGGAUGAGUACGAAUCUGUAG